AUGCCUGAAUCACAGUCGCCCAGUACGGCGGCACCUUCAAGCGGCAAGCCCGAUACAGGCUAUAUCCCUGGAGACGACACAUGGUCGCAGUUCCGCAACAUCUACCGCAUCUUAACGGGCAAAAUGACCUCCGAGGGCAUUGAGCAAUUCCGAGUCGCGCGGGACGAUCGAAACGAAGCAGAGGAUUGCAAGCGAUGUGAAGAGCAGCGUGACUUCCUGCUUCAAUACAGCCCCAUCGUCCGUUACCUCAGUGAUAACAUCAAGCAAUUAGGAGGUGAUCUCCAUAGCCACAAUAUCUACUGCCGCCGAUGCACAGACCGAAAAGGAGGAGGCUUUGAUCCUGAGUAUGGUAUCUUGAUCUGUGCCAAUGAAAUGAAGGACCAAGGACACCUGGAGGAUACCAUGGCUCACGAAAUGGUGCAUGCCUACGACCACCUGCGAUUUAAAGUGGAUUGGACCAAUAAUCUCAGACACGCCGCUUGCACAGAGAUUCGGGCCAGUUCGCUCAGCGGCGAGUGUAGAUGGUCAAGAGAGUUCUUCCGGCGAGGCCAGUGGAAGCUGACCCAGCAACAUCAGGAGUGUGUUCGCAGGAGAGCGAUUCUGUCAGUCAAGGCCCGUCCAACGUGCCGUGACGAAGAGCAUGCCACGCAGGUUGUGAAUGAAGUCUGGGGCAGUUGCUUCCGGGAUACGCGACCUUUCGACGAGAUUUAUCGAUAA